AAGCCCGAGCGGGACCGAGUUGUUUAGCGACCAUCUUCGUUGAAGUCUAUACACAAUACCGGGCCAGUGUUGGAUUUUUUUCGUUUAGUUUGUUCUUUAAAAAAUAAAAACGCAGACGCAAUGCCGUCUCUGUUAUUUUGCGGCCCUAAAUUAGCCGCCUGUGGGAUUGUGUUGAGCAUCUGGGGAGUCAUUAUGUUGGCGAUGUUGGGGAUCUUCUUCAGUGCGAAAUCCGCCGUGCUGAUCGAGGAUGUGCCCUUUACCGAGGAAGACAUCAGGAACGACAAAAACCCACCCCAGGUGAUCUACAGCCUGUACAACCAAGUGGCCAUCAACUGCUUCAUUGCUGCUGCCAUUUAUGUUGGAGUGGGUGCUAUCUCUCUAUGCCAGGUCCGCCUGAACAAGCGCCAGGAGUACAUGGUGACAUAAGUGAAAGAUUCCAUUAAAUCGCCCAAAUGUUAUUUAUUUGCAGAUGACUUUAUUUAUUAUAAUGGAUUUUUUUCUGUUUUGGUGGUAGUAGCAGCAGUUCAAGGUUUAUGUCUUUAGAAAUGCAACAUGAAUAAAUCUAAAAUAUAGAAACAAAUUGAAGAAAUACUCUAUUGGUGAUGAGCUGAACUCUUAUGCAUGUAUGUGAAGAUGGAUGUUUUGUGAAUUACACAUUCCCACAGCAGAUUGAGAAGAGUAAGACUGUAGAAGAAGUGAAUAGCUGGACCAACUCUUGUCUCUUAAUAUGUGGUUCUUUAUAGUAAUAGAAAAGUGUUAUUUAUUCAGUGUAUUAUGUGUUCACUUUCUACUCAUGUUGGAAAUUGUACUUCCUCAUACUCUUCUUGUAAUUUUUUUCCAUC